AUGAUACGAUACAUAAAUAGUUUGAGAGAUAUUAAAAAUUAUAAAAAUGAAUCCGUCGCAGUCGUCGAAAACAUCGGUAAAAGUUAUCAUGGAAGAGACAUGUUUCUGGUAAAGGUAUCAUCGGAUCAUUCUGCAAAAAAACCGGUUAUUUUUUUCGAAAUUGGUAUCCAUGCCAGAGAAUGGCUCGCACAUGCCACAGGAUUAUACAUGUUGCAUCAACUCGUUGAAAAUUUCGAAAAUAAUUCGGGACUCCUUGAUAAAAUCGAUUAUUACAUGAUACCCGUCACUAAUCCGGACGGUUACGAAUAUUCUAGAGAAAAGAAUCGUUUAUGGCGUAAAACUCGUUCCUUGUUCGGAGGAGCUUAUGGAACUGACGGAAAUAGAAAUUUUGAUUUUCACUGGGGAGAAGGUGGUACCAGCAGCGAUCCUAGAAGUGAAAUAUUUAAAGGACCUUAUCCAUUUUCCGAAGUCGAAAUGAGAAACGUUCGCGAUGCUGGAGCAAAAUACGCACCGAGAAUAAAAACGUUCGUGUCCGUUCACUGUUACGGCCCCUACAUUCUCUACCCCUGGAGUUACAAAACAUCUAAACCUGCUCCCCAAGCCGAACUCAUGGAUAAAAUUGGUAGAGAAGCUGCUUUGGCCAUAAAAAAAUACAACGGUACCAAAUACGCUGUCGGUUCAUCGACCGAAUUAUUAUACGAAGCUGCCGGUGGAUCCGAUGAUUAUUUCAAAGGAGUUUUAGGUGUCGAUUUAUCUUUUACCGUCGAAUUAUCGUCUGCUGGAAGGGAUAGUUUUGUCGUACCUGCAUCGGAAAUUCACGGAGUCGCAAGUGAAGCAUUCGAAGGUUUUAAAGUUAUGGCAAAAUACGCAGCCAAUUACAAAAAAAAUAAAUAA